AUGUCUCCAACAAGCUCCUCUUCCGACGAAGAAUUUACUUCGGAUGCAACUUCUCAAUCCAUUCGUCCCACGGUCAUCCCUUCUACGCCGGUCGGUGCACCUGAGCCCCCGGCAUCUCCUCGCGGCCGCACACCGGCCCGAUCAGCCCGGCGCUCAACAAGACGCCAUGACCAGUCUUCGCCGCCUCCGGCAAGACUUCCAUCUUCUUCCCCAGCUUCCUCCUACCGCUCAGCCGUCCCGACGAUCCCACCCAUCGGGAAAUGGACCGUGGCUGGUUUGAGGCAAGCGCUGGGCAACUCCGAUCUACAAGUUCCAAGGAAAAUGAAUAAAGCGGAGCUGUAUGAUUUAUACGUCUCGUUAAAUCCAACUCCUAAAACAACCCACAGGCAGAGCAAAGUCCGCAGGGCUCAAAAUUCGCCUGCCCAGUCACCACCCUCGUCUCUUCGCACAGGACGCAGCUCGCUUCGCCCUUCGAGCCGCCGCAGCAACAGGCCCUCAGCGAGCCAGGGCCGCUCUUCAGGUUUCGUCACAACAGCUCCACUAUCACCUUUUGAUGAGGCCCAGCCCUCCACCUCUGCUUCCGCCGCCGCAAUGCCACAUACAGCCGGGGCCAGCGGCCUCCCCACAGCCGCUCAAUUCUACUCUCCCGCUGUACAUAACCCUUUUCCUUUCCAGUGGCCUCCAGCUCCAGCUGCAUACACUAGCGCGAAGCUAUCGCCGCUAGCAUCACAGACCCAACAAUGUCAACAACAGGUCUACCCAACAGGUUACAACCCCGCCCACUUCCAGUGGCCUGCAGCUCCAGUAGCUCAAGCAAGCGCAGGCCCGCCUCCGCUUGCAGCACAACCUCACACCGCUUUCUAUCAUCCCUCAUAUCCUCCAACUAACUUUCCUUCUAAUUUUACAACAGGUCAUCCAAUCGCGAGGGCACAGCCGUCAAUCGCAGCCCCGGAUAAUACCCUUCCCAGUUCCAUUAUACAAACUAAAUCACCAUAUUCUCUUUUCACAGCCACUCCGAUGCCUGUUCCGCUCAAUGCAGUUGCCAUGGAACCCCCACCGGUUUCUCAAUCCAUCCGCGCUCAGAUCCUCUCAGAAAUUCAGGACGCUGGCUCCAGAGGCGGAUCAAUUCCCAACUCCAGUUCCUCGCUAUUCAGAGCUAAUAUUCCCGUAACCCACCCGUUAAAACCACUGCUCGAAGCAUCACUUGACGGUAUCCUCCAAGCAGUAUCUCCCAGGACCCUUCAAUCCUACGUCACUGCUUGGAGAUGUUUUAAAACAUUUCAUGUCUCUUAUAACUUAUCUUUCCCUGAUUUUUCUCUUCUUUCAAUCACCUCUUUUAUCUCCUACCUUAAUAGCAUUAAAGGCCUACAAGUCGGGUCCAUUAAAGGUUAUUUGAGCGGCAUCCAGUUUUUCCAUAAACUGAUGUAUGGCGGUCCUUCCGUGGAGAUAAACAAUUCACAAACCUCUCUCCUGAUUAAAGGGAUUCAACGAUCCCAGCCCACCCGCCCCGACGCCAGACAACCCAUAACGCUGGACAUUCUCACCAAAUGUAUUCAGGUUCUCCGUUCAGGUUACCAGCCCCUUAGUUCCGCUCGCACACUCGAUGCCAUGUUUAUCCUAGCCUUUUUUGGUUUUCUCAGAUGUUCAGAAAUCGCCAUCACUUCUAAAUUCGACCCAAAAAUCCACCCCACCAUCUCAGACUUAUCAGUAAUUGAUGGCGAAACCAUUUCAUACUUGAUUAAACAAAGUAAGACUGACCAAACCAAAAAAGGCCAUUUCAUUUACAUUUUCAACCUCGCUUCGCAAAUCCAACCAUACCAGUCAAUUCUGGCAUAUCUGCAAUGGAGAAGUCCUCAGGCUAAAUCUCCUUUGGAACCCCUGUUUUUAGACGAAUCCAAAAAACCCGUGACACGUUUUUGGUUCCAGAAACACCUUAAAUCUGUUCUCCAACAGUCAGGCAUUCCAGCAAAGAAUUUUUCUAGCCACUCAUUUCGCAUCGGGGCAGCAACUUCAGCAGCCCAAAAAGGACUCUCCCAACAGCAGAUCCAAGCCCUUGGGAGAUGGUCCUCUGAUGCUUUCCAAAGUUACAUCAGGACCAAUCGGUUCCACAUUAAAAAAGCCCACCAAACCCUCAUCGGGUAAGGAGAAAAGCAUUGGUCUCACAACGAACGGAGCGAGAGCUUUCCCAGUAGAGCACUUACGUUUUCUCUUCCAUCCAGCGAGCAUCUGGCCUCACAGCGGAUGCAGUUUGAGAAAAUCUCCUGGGCAAACACUCAUUUUUCCUUUCUUCAGUUUCCUCUUUUCGUCCAGCGAGCAUUGGUCUCACAGCGGACGGAGUGAGAGCUUUCCCAGUAGAGUACUUACAUUUUCUCUUCCAUCCAGCGAGCAUCUGGCCUCACAGCGGAUGCAGUGUGAGAAAAUCUCCUGGGCAAGCACUCAUUCUUCCCUCUUUUCAGUUUCCUCUUUCC